CUGGGGGCGGGGCCAGGCCUCAGCCGCAUGCGCCAGGACCCAGCUCAGCCCCACAGAGUCGGGACCAGCGGCCGCGAGAAUGGACUCAAGGUCUGGGACCUGCAGCGGCCAAAGGAGCCUCUGUUCAGAGCCAAGAACGUCAGGAACGAUUGGCUCGAUCUCCGUGUCCCCAUCUGGGACCGAGACCUUCAGUUCCUGCCUGGAUCCGGCUGCAUCGUGACCUGCACAGCACACCGGCAGGUCCGUGUCUAUGACCCCAAGUCCCCUCAGCGCCGCCCGGUGCUGGAGGCCACACAUGGGGAGGCUCCAUUGACGGCUCUGGCUGUGGGGCCGGGGGAGACCUCAGUGGUGGUUGGCAGCGCCCAUGGGGACCUGGCUGUCAUUGACCUGCGCAAAGGACGGGUCCUGCGCUGCCUCAAGGGGGUCUCGGGGGGGGUUCGGGGGCUGCAGUGUCACCCCCAGACCCAACUCGUGGCCUCCUGUGGCCUCGACCGCUUCCUGCGCCUGCACCACCUGGGGGAGGGGCGGCUGUGCCACAAGGUCUAUCUCAAGUCCCAGCUCUCCUGCCUGCUGCUGAGCACCCAACACGACUGGGAGAGCGAGGAGCCCCCCCCAGCGGUGGAGGUGAAGGAGGAGGAUGAGCUGUGGGACAGCCUGGAAACGGUUCCCACACCUCAGAAACGGGGCAAGAAACGGAAGAUUCAGGAGGGGUGAAGGGGGCACAAAUUGGGGCAAAAAACGGUGAU